AAGGGAGGUCACAGAAGACUGAGGAAAGUAGCGCCCAUGGGCCAGUCUAUGCUUACUGCUUACGGUCCAGGCAUGCUGGGGCACGGGGUGGUUCCCUGAAGCUAGAGCAGAAUACUUUUCACUCUCCUGUGUCUUCAGUGCCAGGAACCUUUAGGGUGAAGGAGUCAUCGGGGAUCCAGUAGCAAGGAUGAGAAAUCAUCAGAGAGCAGAACCCUGUCCCUGGUUGUGGUGGCAAGUGGAUGGUGACCAUGGCCAACAGUUCUAACUGCUGGCACCUUGCCAGCACAAUAACGUGCCCAGCAGUGUCACCAAGACAGAGCCUGGCAGAAGGAUGGUGAAUGUAGGCGAGCCUAAAAAAAAAAAAAAAAACCAGAGACCACAAAUCACCCCAAAGCCAAGAGCAGCAGGAAGUACUGGACCCUGGGAUCUGUGACCAGAGCUGCCUGGGAAAGAGCAACCAAUAAGAUCAGUGGCCUCUGCUACCGAGAGGCAGCCGCUGCCAGGACAACCCAUCAGUGAGGCGAUCAGGGAGAGACGGCCUGACCUCUAUCCCUCCCUGCUUUGUUCCGGUAAAGCCGAAUGCCUCCCAGACCAUAGAGCAGUGUGCAAAGUGGGUCUGGAGAGGGCGAACAUAUCCAGUGGUAGCCUGCCUCCCCACUCCUUUUAUUCCCUUGGGAGAGCUCCUGGCGGCUGUUUCCUGACUCUCUUGUAGCUAAAGUUCCAAGUUUUUGUGGGUGUUGGGGGGAUCAACCAUGAGCUUAUGGCUAUCCGGACGCCCCACAGGCUCUUAGGUCCCAUAUCUAAGAAAGGCGGCCUCAGAAGAGCCCCUACUUAGUAGCACCUUCUAGAAGCCAGUCAUUGUCACUUGCGACAGUCAACUGCUACUGUUGUCUGCUGCAGCUCAAUCCAGGCCUGUCUCCUCAGGGGGUACAGGCCCCAGAAAGGCAAUAGUGUUUUGAUGGCAGAGCCCCACAGUGAUGAUAGGGCCCUAAGGCUGCACCUGUGUCCUCCGGCCAAGUGCUUUGGGGGAAUAGAGAAACUCAAGGACUAUUUCAGAACUGGCCUCACUUCCCUGAGAGGGGCAGGAGCAGCUGUGGGUGUGUCUCGGGACUCCCAGCCCUCGUUCUGUGGGUGCCCAAGAAAGGGCUUCUAGCAAAGGCAGCGGCCCCACCCUGGGAAGGCAGUGCCCUCCAGAGCCAGAAAGAAGGACAGGAGGAAGGCAGGCAGUGGGAGGGGUGGUGUGAGAGAUCAGAUUGGAAUGGGCUGGGCCUUGGGCUUUCACUGGCUCCAGGGGAUCUGUCACUGUUGACUGUGGGCAGCAGAGCCUCCCCUACCAGCUGAGACGGUAUAAAGCCUCUGGAGGCACACUCCCCGGUGCUCCCUGCAACCAUGAAGACCAUCCUCUUCCUCCUGCUGGCCACCUGCUUAGCCCUGCAUCCAGGUGCCGCUCUGCAGUGCUAUUCAUGCACAGCGCAGGUGAGCAACAGAGACUGUCUGAACGUACAGAACUGCAGCCUGGACCAGCACAGCUGCUUUACAUCGCGCGUCCGGGCCAUUGGACUCGUAACAGUUAUCAGUAAGGGCUGCAGCUCAAAGUGUGAGGAUGACGCGGAGAACUACUACGUGGGCAAGAAGAACAUCACAUGCUGCUCCUCUGACCUGUGCAAUGUUAACGGGGCCCACAGCCUGAAGCCACCCGCCACCCUCGGGCUGCUGACUGUGCUCUGCAGCCUGCUGCUGUGGGGCUCCGGCCGUCUAUAGGCUCUAGGAGAGCCCUACUAUAGCCUGACUGUACAGAAAAGUGCUGCACCCCCCCCCGCCCCACCCCGCGCACGCGCAAUCACCACCACUCCUAACUCCCACACAGGGCUGGCCAACCCCCCACCCCACCCCCCUCCACCAGGGGCCUCUCUCCUCUCUGCUGCUGUUUCUACAGCUAGCGCUUUGCCCACCCCAGCCCAUCAGCACUUUGUCCUACCAGUUGGGAUCAGACGCUUCUGCUGCAGGACUCCCUCACCACCCUACUCCAGGACCCGAGCCAGUCUGCACCUGCACCGCAGCACUUAGGGAGGGCCUGGUAAAGGCUGAGAUGAGAUGGACAGAGCAGAAAUGAAGCUGGGAGGUGGGUGUGAGGUACCAGGAGUCCUAGGAGAUGAUGCCUGGGGGUGGGGUGGACAUGCUCUACGUUUACAGAGCCCUAGGAUACAACAUUCCUAUAAUAAAUACCUGUCGGGUAAGUGGA